CUCUCCCAACGUUGCAGUUGUGAUUCGUGAAUCAAUCCGUGGUCCCCACGAGUGGGAAUGCAUUGUGCAACGCACCGUUCCAGUGUCUAGCCGAAAUAUGAGCACCUUUGCGUCUGCUAGGUGUGGCGCCCUAACUCGUCAUUUCCCUCUACAAACUUGGCGCCGGGCAUGGUUUUUCCCUCCUACAGGACUCCAUCCUCUCCGCUGUGCCACCGGUACCCUACCUAUGUGGCACGACUGGCUGCUCCUUCCCAUCGCACAUCCAGUGGACUUCGUAAUGCGGCGAUCGAGACUCCUGCAUUGUGGUCUCGGGUUUUCAUCACGCCAAGCGACGGUGAUAAAGCGAGUUGCCUCAAUUUACUUAAUAUCGCCAAGCGAAUGUCUUUAAGAG